AUGGGGGAACGACCAGGCAUUUACGUUCAUCUGGAAAUGGGCGUCCCACUGCCCAAAAUUAUGUCCAAGGACAGACACAUUACUUAUGUAUCAAAGAGCAUGCGCGACCGGGCCAACCAAUUCCCUCGCCAACUACCUCCAACAAAUGCCAACUAUCUCAACGCUCCCGCACAGUAUCAGCCCGCUCACCAACAAAUGCCAACUCAAGCCCAGGAACCACAGACCCAACCACAGCAACAGUUCACUCAACCCAUCAGCAACCUGCCUCCCAAUAUUUACAGCAGAGAUCCAGUGUCGAUUGGCAUGGCCCAUGAACCCACAUAUCAACCAUAUCGUCCCCAACAACCACAACACCACAUCAGAGAGUAUUAUGCACCAGCUACCCCAGCGGAGCAACAGCAACGAGAAACUCACACCGAGGAGCUGCGACUAAGCUCGAGAUCCGCGGAAAGAAGUUCUCACGAGCGUGGACGGUCUGCGCCCCCUCCUUUGAACAACAGUCCCUGGGAUGUGACCUCCAACAAUUCAGGAGGCGAGCCCCAAGUCUGGAAAGCUUUGCCUGCAACGCCGAAUCAGUUCCGACUUGGAGAGGGCGACAUGCCAUGGGACGGCUGGAAUUUCCCUAUGGGAUUCAAUGAUAACAACGGAGAUGACGACAACAACGAAGGGGGAGAGGGCCGCACUCGCUCGCGUGAGGCAAGCCUCCGAGCAACAUGGGGACCCGAGUUCCCAGGAGAGCCAUCACGAUACGUUCAGCCUGUGCAAGUGGAUGACCGAGCGCGAAGCAAGGCCAAAGACAUACAGUCAUUAGCUUCGGCACUGAUGACAGUAGAUAACGGGUUUGAAGACCAGUGGUGGUAUCAGGGACCACGUCUCGUCCAUCUUGAUGGCACAACAGUCAUGGUGCCUACAGCUGUUCCAAGGUCCAGCUUUCACCCAGACCAUCAACAAAGCUCGGUAGGGUGGGCUGUCUCGCAGGAAGAAGGGCAACAACAGAAGGAUCUCAAAUAUCAGCAUCAGCUACAACAGAAUCGCCGCGAACAGGAGCAGCAACGAUAUCAGCGUAACCGACAACGGCAUCUAUCUCUCCAGGAAGAGCAACUCGCAUCAUUUGUCUCUCUAAAUACUUCUUUCCAACCUGUAUCACCUCGAUCGAGCCUUGCAGAUAUUGUGUCACCUUUGAGCGACUAUCCGAGUCCGCUGUCGAGUUAUGGGGGACUACGGCGGUCUUUGACCACGAGAUCAGAUGAACUUCACAUAUAG